UCCGCAAUCAGUAAACAUAACAUUUCGACCAUCGUCGGUCCAGUUGUUGCGUGACGCUCCCGGUAUAACCCACCUCCGAGUUUUCCGACUUUUUCGAUUUUCGCGUUCCCGAAUUUUUUAAAGUUCUGAAGGAUGGCGCUCAACUACGUGAGAACGGCCGCUCAGGCCCAGACCGCGGUGCAGGCUCAGUCCCAGUGCCGGCAUCUCCCCCCGGAGAACAUGAUCAAGAAGAUCAUCGGCUACCUAGGCGAAAGACUGACAACACCCUACGAAACGGCUGUGGAUGUUGGAUGCGGCUCUGGCCAGAGCAGUGAAGCUAUCGCCCCGUAUUUCAAAAAUGUCGUCGCCUUUGAUACCAACGAGAACCAGCUUGAAAACGCCCAAAGGAGAACCAACUAUUUCAACAUAAUCUACAGGAAAGGCUCUGCAGAACGCAUUGACUGUUUGGACUCGUCUGUGACUCUUGUGACAGCCGGUCAGAGUAGUCAUUGGUUCGACUUGCCCAAAUUCCUUGCCGAAGUUGAAAGAGUCCUCGUUCCUGGUGGCGUUCUAUCCAUUUACGGUCAUUACCUCCCAAAGCUCAGUCACCCCACUUAUUCAAUUGAAUACUUAAUCGAAAAGUUCCUGGUUUGCGGAAAGCUAACUGAAUAUAUGCCCGAGGAGAGCAAAAAAAUUUACAUGGACCGUUACACUCAUGGUUAUGAAAAAUUCCCAUUUUCAGAAGAGCCAGUCAUUCGGGAUGAAUCAUACUCCGUGGAGCUCCCAACAACGGUUGCCGAUGUCGUGAGCUAUAUCAGCACGUUCUCGUCUAUCACAGCUUACCGAGAAAAACACGGUGACAGAGCCACCGCUGCUCUCCUCCAGAACUUUGAAAAUGAACUCCUGGACAGCGUGAGGUCGAACAAGAAACCCGAAGAGACAAACCUAAGCAUACUCUUCCGAUACAUUCUAUUGAUGGGUAGAAAACCUUUCUACUGAGGAUAAAUAUCUGUAAAUAAGAUUGUAAAUAAUAUGACUAGGACCUGUUUCGCAGCUUCUUGCUUUCAAAUCAAGGAGACUUUGACUUGUACAUUUUCCCUCUUUAGUUGGUUUUGUGAUCAUUAUUUAUUGUAUUUCCUAACUAACUUUAAAAGCCCAGUUACCGUACGUAUAAUACAACGAUAAUAUCGUUACUCUCGGGGGCGUAAUAUUGUUUGACUCAUCACGAAAACUUACCCCCAAACGUAUCCAGUUGUAAAUUUAAUUUUUUUAAUCAAAAGGCGUGGGUACUUUAAAAAUAAUAUUUAAUAUAUUAAUUAUAUUAAUUCGCCGUCAAAAAGCCCCCAUAUUUGUGAUUUAGAUCUCGUGAGAUUUUGCCCAAUUAUAUUUCGUGAAUCUCAUCAAUAUAGCGGAGGUUGUGUUGAAACUAACCACAAUUAGUUGGAAGGUAUUCAUCUUUUGAGGAAAGCUUUCUUUUUUAACUGGAAAAGGACGAACAAGAUCAAUCAGUAGGUAUUUGAAAAUAAGUACCUAGAUAUAAGUGAAAUAAAUGACUCAGUUGACUAUUAGACAUCAAAAGUAGAUACCUUCAGUACCUCAACGCACAACUUUUCUCAACAGUAAAUCGUAUGAAAAAUUUUCAAUGCCAGAAUGAUUGUGAUAGAUACAUUUUUUAGUUCCCUCAUCGAAAAAUAUUGAUUGUUUUCGUUCAAUGGUUCGAAUAAUAUGAUUCUUUACCGUGUAAGAGCUUAAGUCAUUAGAUUGUAAGAAUUAGUGAUUAUUUGAUAGAUGAUAAGGAUUUAUUGUUUUAUAAGUUGGUGUUACAGCCGGAAUCAAAAUAAAUAAGUUUUGAAAUUAU